UGUAAAAAACUGAGUAACAGCUGGAUGAAGUGAAAGUCAGCUAGGAUGCUCUUUAUCUGGUCCUGGCACAUUGAAAAGUUCACACACAUUAUUAUACAGCAGCAGAGAGCAGUGACCUGUCAACACAACACAAGCAUCACAAUCACUGUUAUCCUGAAACCAACCCCACUCAUGGAGUGUGUAUGUGUGUGUGUGUGCAUGUGUGUGUGUUUCUAUUUAAGUCUCCUUGUGACCGAGAGGAGGGACAAUAGGGGAGCAGGGGAUACAUUUUCUGGUACGUUCUCCUCUCCAUCACUUUGUGUCUGUCUGCAUCCACAGCAUCAACACAGAGAGGGGGAGCUGAAAUAGCCAAGAUGCCUGAGAAAGCGCCGGAGAGGAAAUCUAAGAUCUCAGCCUCGCGCAAGCUCAUGCUGAAGAGCUUGAUGGUCGCCAGGGCCAAAGAGGAGCUGGAACAGGAGAUGGAAGAAAAGGAGGAAGAGAAGAAAAGGUAUCUGGAAGAAAAAUCUCCUCCUAUACAGACCAGUGGCAUGUCUUUAGCAGAGCUUAAGGCACUGUGUGAAGAGCUGCACACCAAAAUAGACAUGGUGGACGAGGAGCGGUACGAUAUUGAAGCCAAAGUCUUGCACAACACCAGAGAGAUCAAAGACCUCAACAUCAAGGUCCUGGACCUGCGAGGAAAGUUUAAAAGACCCAACCUGAGGAGGGUCAGAGUCUCUGCUGAUGCCAUCCUGCGCUCACUGCUGGGCUCCAAACACAAAGUCUCUUUGGAUCUGCGGGCUAAUCUUAAAUCAGUCAAGAAAGAGGACACAGAAAAGGAGAAGACGGUGGAGGUGAGUGAUUGGAGGAAGAAUGUGGAAGCCAUGUCAGGAAUGGAGGGCCGCAAGAAGAUGUUUGACGCAGCAAAGGGCCCCAACCAGUAAACAGAUGUUAUUCAAGAAAAACAGCUGGCUUUCAUUUUAUGUCAAAUACACAAUUACUUAACAGCACAAAACAUACAUAAACUCUCCAGUGCUUCACAUUUGUAUUUUAUAUUCAGUACAUGUUUCCUAUGACACCCACAUUUUCUAUGUGUUUUGUUUCAUUAUUACUGAAAUAAACACAGCAUGCUGA